AUGCCGAGACGGCCAAGUCGGGGCGAGUGGGCGCAGGUGGCGCAGGCGAUCUCGCAGGCGCGCGACCUGGGGUACGGCGUGGUGGCGGUGAACCAGACGAUCCAAGGGCGGCUGACGAGCGAGCACCUGGGCGUGUGGCGCGGCAUGCCGGCGAUCGCAGGCGCGCAGCUAAGCUGGAGCACGGCGACAGGCAGGCGUAUCUCAGACUGGCGGGCCACGGGGCAGGUGGGGCGCGGCAGCAUCCGAGUGGUGCGGCGCGUCACGGCGGUGAUCAGCGAUGCGGCGCACGGGCACAGCCUGUCGUGCAGCGGCAGCGGGUCGGCGGCCGGCGACUACGACAUCGUGGCGGUGCGGCCGGUGUCCGAGAAGCUUCUGUACGCGGCCAGCAACGGGUCGUGGGACGGCGUCGACGUCAUCUCGCUGGCGAUGGGCGCGCGCUGGGGGUUCUUCGCAAAGCACAAGACCGUCGGCCAGGCGCUGGCGCUGGGCAUUGCCUUUGAGAUUGCAUACGAUGCGGCGCUGGCAGCCGACGCGGCCGUGCGGCAGCAGUGGGUCAGCAAUGCGGCGGCGCUGGUGCGAGUGACGCGCGGCCGCGGAGUGGUGGUGACCAGCGCGGCGCGCCAGGCGUUUGGCCUGCGCUCGCCGUACGACGUUGUCCAUUUGGGCGACGCCGUGCAGCUCAACGCGGACCUGACGAAGCGGUGCGUCAGCUCCAAUGCGCGCGCGGUGCUGGUGCACGGCUUCACGCGGGUGGCGACGCACCGGGCGGCGGUGUCGGUGGUGCUGAGCUGCGGCGACGGCAACAGCGGUGGCGGUGGCGGUGGCAGUGGCGGUGGCGGUGGCGGUGGCGGUGGCGAUGGGCAGCCGGGUGCCAAGCGCGCGCGGACGGACGGCGAUGGCGACAGUGCAAUGGCGCGGUGAGGGGCCAGGCAAUCAAAGAUAAAUGAAAUGGAUGAUGAAUAAAUUUAGUGUUAGGCUUAGGCUGCGUGGCAAUCGGCGCAUGUUAUCUGCAAGCCGAGACCCAAAGCGAAAGUGUGAGGAAAUGGAGGCGAAGCCCUUUCUUUCUUUCUUUCUUUCUUUCUUUCUUUCUUUCUUUCUUUCACCCACCCACCCACCCA